AUGAAAUCACUGGGGCCUCGUAUCUUUAGAAGAAAUGCUGGUUUUUUUGGAAAUCUAGGGCAGAGCAUGUCCAAAAUUGUUCCAAAGCCUCAUAAAUAUUUCAAAAUUGCCAAACCUUUUGGUUUUGCAAAACCUCCUGUUAGACUACAAGAUCAAGAAACAAAGCCGUUUUUUACAUUGGAAAACCUGAAUAUUCCGAAGAAAAUAUGGAACUUCUAUUUUGAUGGUAUUACUAGAAGAACCAGAGUUGAGGCCAUCCAAAAAGAUCUAGCUUAUGGUGGUAUGUAUGAUUUUCAUGUCUACACGAGAACCAAGGGACGGCUAUUUGAAGCCCCAAUUUCUUUCUUUCGCAAAGAUAGGGCCCUUUAUUUUCCUAAUUUUCGUGUGAAGUCGUUAGAAGGAAAAAGAAUGGAUUUAUUGGAUGCAUUAGAUAAAGCCAAAUUAACGAUUUUAAGAGUCUACUCCACAGACGCUGGGUUUGAAAUGACCAACGACUAUUUUAAAAUCAAAGAUAGUGAAGACACAUACAUGAGUAGUACGGGAAUUAAAGUAUUUAGCCAAGAAUAUCCAGAGGCACAAAUUGUGGAGCUGGUACUCAGUGAGAAUGCGUCGAAACAUUUUAUUCAUACGUUUGUCACACCUGGUAAAUUAUUACAACAACGCCCAAAGGAGCAACAUGAUAAAUAUUUGAUUGCAAGAAGAGAUUCGGUGCUUACAAGGGACGAUCGUGAAAAACUUUUAAUGACAAACGCCUACUCUGGCUACAUUUACUUGAUUGAUCAAUCCUACAAAAUAAGAUGGGCCGGCUCCGGAUGGCCAACAGAGGCAGAGGUUGAUGGUUUAUGGAAAGCUGUCAAAGGAAUCCUAAAGGAGAAUACCUUAAGGCUGAACAAGAACAAAUAG